AUGAAUCUGUUACUUUCAGACGAUUAUCUCCUCCAGGAUUACCCCGAGAACAUCACGAAUACCAUCCGGUCGGGACAUGCGACAACAUUGCGCUUCAACCGCCAGGGAGAUUACCUAGCAUCCGGCCGAGUCGAUGGAACAGUUGUAGUGUGGGAUCUUGAUACUAUGGGGGUAGCCAUAAAACUGAGAGGUCACAAUAAAAGCAUCACAUUUCUGAGCUGGUCGCGAUGUGGACAGUAUCUUCUCACAACCUGCCAAGGGUGGAAAGCUAUCCUAUGGGACCUCCAAGAUGGCAAACGCCUGCGCGAGGUUCGCUUUCGCGCGCCUGUAUAUAUGGCUGAGCUCCAUCCGUGGAAUCACCUUCAAUUCGUCGCAGCACUCUUUGAAGAGCAGCCCGUCCUCGUUGACAUUACCAACCCCGUCGAUGUAAAACACAUCUUACCAUCCGCACCGAAGCGACCGAAUACAGAUGACUCUGCGUUACGCGAGAAGCAAGCAAAGGAAGACGCCAAACAGAUGACAACCUGUGCGGUCUGGAGCACAACUGGAGAUCACAUCCUUGCUGGCACGAACAAAGGAAAACUAAAUAUUGUCGACGCAAAAACCUACGAAAUUAUAUACUCUGACAAGAUAUGUUCGGGAGUCAUCACGACCAUGAGAAUGACAGUGUCGGGCCGCGAGCUUCUUGUUAAUUCCCAAGACAGGAUUAUUCGCACACUCCGCGUGCCUAACUUGCUAGCGGAAAACCUCGACCUCGACACGUUACAAGUACCAUUGGAGCACAAAUUUCAGGAUGUCGUCAACAGAUUAUCAUGGAACCAUGUCACAUUUAGUGCUACUGGUGAAUACGUAGCAGCCUCGACGUAUAACAACCACGAGCUGUACGUCUGGGAGCGUAACCACGGUAGUCUCGUAUGCAUGCUCAAGGACCCAAAAGAAGAGCAAGGAGUGAUAGAGUGGCACCCAACCCGUGCGCUCUUGGCCGCUUGUGGUUUGGAAACCGGUCGUAUAUACAUAUGGUCCGUGGUGAGCCCGCAAAAAUGGUCGGCUUUGGCACCGGAUUUUGCUGAAGUGGAAGAGAAUGUCGAGUACAUCGAGCGGGAGGACGAGUUUGAUAUUUACGCGCAAGAAGAAAUCCACAGACGGCGACUGGAUGCAGAGGACGAAGAAGUGGACGUCUUGACGGUCGAUCCAUCCAAGACUCUGGACGAAGGCGAAAGCUUCCGGAUGCCGAUUCUGUUUAAUCUCGGCGAGAGUGAUAGUGAAGAUGAAUUCAUCGCUGUAUCCACUGGUACCAUGAGACGUAGGAGUCCUGGGGAGGGUCAAAGUGAUUUGGAGGAGAAACCACCCGUCAAGAAAAGCACGGCCAGCAGAAGAGGGCGGAAACGUUAG